AGCGCGCCGGCGCCGGCGGCUGUUCGGGGGCGGGGAAUAUCGGCUAAGGCGACGGUGGCGGCUUAGGCACCAGCGACUGGCUGUGGCGGUGACUCCUGCUGCAUUUCGGCGCGCGGCCACCUCUCGAGUUCGGAACGGAACGCUCAGCGUCGCGGUCCCCGCCCGGAAAGUUUGCCGCGGAGCCGCGACCUCCUGGCCGGCGCGGCCCGGCAUGAAGCGGCGCUGAGGAGCCGCCGCCGCCGCCGCCGCCGCCGCCGCCGCCGCCGCCGCCGCCGCCUGAGGAGGAGCCGCAGCACCCUGGGCCACGCCGAUGACUACUGCAAACUGUGGCGCCCACGACGAGCUCGACUUCAAACUCGUCUUUGGCGAGGACGGGGUGCCGGCGCCGCCGCCCCCGGGCUCGCGGCCUGCAGAUCUUGAGCCAGAUGAUUGUGCAUCCAUUUACAUCUUUAAUGUAGAUCCACCUCCAUCUACUUUAAACUCACCACUUUGCUUACCACAUCAUGGAUUACCGUCUCACUCUUCUGUUUUGUCACCACCGUUUCAGCUCCAAGGUCACAAAAACUAUGAAGGAACUUGUGAGGUUCCUGAAUCUAAAUACAGCCCAUUAGGUGGUCCCAAACCCUUUGAGUGCCCAAGUAUUCAGAUUACAUCCAUCUCUCCUAACUGUCAUCAAGAAAUAGAUGCUCAUGAAGAUGACCUACACAUAAAUGACCCAGAAAGGGAUUAUUUGGAAAGGCCUUCUAGAGAUCAUCUCUAUCUUCCUCUUGAGCCAUCCUACCGGGAGUCUUCCCUUAGUCCUAGUCCUGCCAGCAGUAUCUCUUCUAGGAGCUGGUUCUCAGAUGCUUCUUCUUGUGAAUCUCUUUCACAUAUUUAUGAUGAUGUGGAUUCAGAAUUGAAUGAAGCUGCUGCCCGAUUUACUCUUGGAUCCCCUCUGACUUCUCCUGGUGGCUCUCCAGGAGGCUGCCCUGGAGAAGACUCCUGGCAUCAACAGUAUGGGCUUGGACACUCCUUGUCACCCAGGCAGUCUCCUUGCCACUCUCCUAGAUCUAGUGUCACUGAUGAGAACUGGCUGAGCCCUAGGCCAGCCUCAGGACCCUCAUCAAGGCCUACUUCCCCGUGUGGGAAACGGCGGCACUCUAGUGCUGAGGUUUGUUAUGCUGGGUCCCUUUCACCUCAUCAUUCACCUGUUCCUUCUCCUGGUCACUCUCCCAGGGGAAGUGUAACAGAAGAUACCUGGCUCAAUGUCCAGGGUGGAUCAGGCCUUGGCCCUGCACUUUUUCCAUUUCAGUACUGUGUAGAGACUGAUAUCCCUCUGAAAACAAGGAAGACUUCUGAAGAUCAAGCUACAGUCCUACCAGGAAAAUUAGAGCUCUGUUCAGAUGACCAAGGGAAUUUAUCACCAUCCCGGGAAACCUCAGUAGAUGAUGGCCUUGGAUCUCAAUAUCCUUUAAAGAAAGAUUCAUCUGGUGACCAAUUUCUUUCAGUUCCUUCACCCUUUACCUGGAGCAAACCAAAGCCUGGCCAUACCCCUAUAUUUCGCACAUCUUCAUUACCUCCACUAGACUGGCCUUUACCAACUCAUUUUGGACAAUGUGAACUGAAAAUAGAAGUGCAACCUAAAACUCAUCAUCGAGCCCAUUAUGAAACUGAAGGUAGCCGAGGAGCAGUAAAAGCGUCUACUGGGGGACAUCCUGUUGUGAAGCUCCUGGGCUAUAGUGAAAAGCCGAUAAAUCUACAGAUGUUUAUUGGAACAGCAGAUGAUCGAUAUUUACGACCUCAUGCAUUUUACCAGGUGCAUAGAAUCACUGGGAAGACAGUUGCUACUGCAAGCCAAGAGAUAAUAAUUGCCAGCACAAAGGUUCUGGAAAUUCCACUUCUUCCUGAAAACAAUAUGUCAGCCAGUAUUGACUGUGCAGGUAUUUUGAAACUCCGCAAUUCAGAUAUAGAACUUCGGAAAGGAGAAACUGAUAUUGGCAGAAAGAAUACUAGAGUUCGACUUGUGUUUCGUGUACACAUCCCACAGCCCAAUGGAAAAGUUCUUUCUCUGCAGACAGCUUCUAUACCUGUUGAGUGCUCCCAGCGAUCUGCUCAAGAACUUCCUCAUAUUGAGAAGUACAGUAUCAACAGUUGUUCUGUAAAUGGAGGUCAUGAAAUGAUUGUGACUGGAUCUAAUUUUCUUCCAGAAUCCAAAAUCAUUUUUCUUGAAAAAGGACAAGAUGGACGACCUCAGUGGGAAGUAGAAGGGAAAAUAAUCAGGGAAAAAUGUCAGGGGGCUCAUAUUGUCCUUGAAGUUCCUCCAUAUCAUAACCCAGCAGUUACAGCUGCAGUGCAGGUGCACUUUUAUCUUUGCAAUGGCAAGAGGAAAAAAAGCCAGUCUCAACGUUUUACUUACACACCAGUUUUGAUGAAGCAAGAACACAGAGAAGAGAUUGACUUGUCUUCAGUUUCAUCAUUGCCUAUGCCUCAUCCUCCCCAGACCCAGAGGCCUUCCUCAGAUAUAGGACACCCACAUGAGAGUGAACUGUCAGCACAGAGAAGCUUGGUUUGUCCCAUCCAGCAAACAUACGCACCCAUGGUAACUUCAUCCCAUCUGCCACAGUUACAGUGUAGGGAUGAGAGUGCUGGUAAAGAACAGCAUAUGAUACCUUCUUCAGUUAUGCACCAGCCUUUUCAAGUCACACCAACACCUCCUUUGGGGUCUUCCUAUCAGCCUAUGCAAACUAAUGUUAUGUACAAUGGACCAACUUGUCUUCCUAUUAAUGCUGCCUCUAGUCAAGAAUUUGAUCCAGUUUUGUUUCAGCAGGACGCAGCUCUUCCUAGUUUAAUACAUCUUGGCUGUCAACCACCAUCGUCCAUACCUUUUCAUUCUUCAAAUUCAGGCUCAGCAGGACAUCUCUUAGCUCACACACCUCAUUCUGUGCAGACUCUGCCUCAUCUGCCAUCAAUGGGAUACCAUUGUUCAAACACAGUACGAGGAUCUCAUUCUUCUCCAGUGACUGACCAGGUCACAGGUCAGCCUUCCCCUCAGUUACAACCCAUUACGUAUGGUCCUUCACAUUCAGGGUCUGCCACAACAGCUUCCCCUGCAGCCUCUCAUCCCCUGGCCAGUUCACCACUGUCUGGGCCACCAUCUCCUCAGCUACAGCCUAUGCCUUACCAAUCUCCUAGCUCAGGAACUGCCUCAUCACCGUCUCUAGCCACCAGAAUGCAAUCUGGACAGCACUCAACUCAAGCACAAAGUACAGGCCAAGGAGGUCUUUCUGCACCUUCAUCCUUAAUAUGUCACAGUUUGUGUGAUCCAGCAUCAUUUCCACCUGAUGAGGCAACUGUGAACAUUAAACCUGAACCUGAAGAGCAGGAACCUAACUUUUCAACAAUUGGUCUACAGGACAUCACUUUAGAUGAUGACCAGUUUAUGUCUGACUUGGAACACCAGCCAUCAGGUUCAGCAAAGAAAUGGCCUAACCACAGUGAGCUCUCAUUUCCAGCUCCUUUCUGGAGAAUCUAGAGGUGAACGAGAUAAUUGGGAGAGACAUGUCCCAGAUUUCUGUUUCCCAAGGAACAGGAGCGAGCAGGCAGGCUCCCCUCCCAGGUCCCGAUUCCCUGGAUUUAGGAAGAUCCGACGGGCUCUGACAGUGCUCACUGCAGCCUUGUGUCCACCACCAUGUACUUCUCAGCACGUUUCUAUCUUUGGACCUUGGGUUUCCAACUCUGUGACCUUCAGGACUGGUGCCAGGAGUUGGGAUCACCUUAUGUGGGGAAAGCAGCAUUCUUUCACCUCAGGCCUUGGAUAGAUUUUGUAAAAGAAUAGGAGCAGCAUAGGCUGUUUGAGCUUUGGGGUAAUGAGCUUUGCUUUUUAUAUUUAAAUAGGAUACUUUUAUAUGAUGGGUGCUUUGAGUGUGAAUGCAGCAGGCUGUCCAUUUCAGAGGUGCUGCUUUUGCAGGUGACCUGGUUGCUUAGCUAGGAUUGGUGAUUUGUACUGCUUUAUGGUCAUCUGAAGGACCCUUUAGCUUUUAUGAUAUUUUUAAAAUAGGAACUUUUGAUAAAACCUUCCAGAGGCAAACAUAAAAGAAAAAAAAAUUGCCCUAAGCCCACACCUAUGCCUCAGAAACUCAGCAUGUGUCUUGAAGCCUUUCAUAGAUUUAUAGGAAAUAAAGCCAAAUGUAGCUCAUACCUCUUUAUAAAAGUAAACUGUUAGAUAAAAUGAGAAGAGACCAUUCCAAUCACUGAAGUAUUGGAAUAUAAAAUGACAUUCCAGAGCAUAGCCUUUUGUAACUUUCUAGGUAAUCUUCCUGCAGUCUCUCCAUACUGACUCCAUGUUGAAAUUGCUUUUUUCCCUCAGGGCCUUGGGUAAGAUAGCUACACAGGUAAGGUGACUUUGAAAGGUUGGGUUUUUAGCUUGGUAGCUUUAAUUUCUUGCCAUCCUACAAACAAGUAGGCUGUGGAGUGCUCUUCCCUUUUGUGUCCUCUGGUCCCACACCUUUUACAAGUAGGAGCAUCUGUGUUUGGCUGCUCUCUAAUCUUUGAAGCCACAGUCUCAUGAUGGUUUAGGCAAAUUUGCUGAUUCUGACUUGUCUCUAGAGGCCAGGCUGUGUCAGAAGCUAAGCAUAAACAAGCUAUGCUUCAGGACAGGAAGAGAGAAAAUGCAGGACUCCAGAUGGGAAGCUUUUAAGAUUCACACUGGUAUGGAAGGCUUAUCCUUCAUUCUGUUUACAGCCUAAAAUGAUUCUGGCUUACCCUGUCCCAUCUACGUGGCCUAAAAACCAGCCUUUUCCCAGAAAGGCUUUGAGGCAAGUCCAAAAGUGAGGUAGCAUCAUAGACCUGACCCUGCACACCAAAGAUGCUCUGGUGCUGCUGCUGGUGAUGCUGGUGCCCAAGGCUGGGACCAGCAAGAAACUCCAGCCUGCUGUCUACCAAAGGAGGUACCCAAGUUGGGUACUGUUUUUCAAACCCUGCCCUUAUCCCUCCCCUUAAUGGGAUUAGUUACCUGUUCCAAGGCCUGGGCCUAUUUCAAAGCCUCUGAAGUUUGCAGUAUGUUUUCAAAUGAAAUGAUGUACUUUCAUUUAUUCAGAAAGCAAAUUUUUUGAGUGCCUACAUGUGAGAUAGUGUGCUGGGCUUGUCAAAGGUUUGACGCUGUUAUUCCAGGGGAUUGUGGGUCCUGGAUGCCAGGACUCUCUAGUGAGGCCUGGGUGGAAGAAGCCGGCUUAUUGCCCACCACCUCUAGUCAACCAGGUAGGAGCUCUUGACCCAGGAUGAGAAAGUAUAGUCUCUUUUUUCUUUAAACCUUCAUGUUUUAGAUUUCUCCCCUAAAACUAGUUAGAGAAAAAUGUCUAUGUAUCCUUCAGCAAAUCACUCUGGUCCCUCUUGGAGCUAGGUGUUUUCAUAUUUUCUUUGAAAGUGAGUUUUGUGUCACAGAGUGUGGAUAGUGAGAUUUGCUUCAGGGCCUAUGGUUGGAAGCCCACAGCUUACCUUGGAGGGGUUGUGGGAAGCUGGCCCCUGAGAUGAAGUUCCAGAGAGCUGGCCAGACUUGCCUCCACCCUCUUGUCCCUGGGGUAGCUGCCUCAUAUGAGGUUCUUGCAAGAGUUCCCCUUGCAAGACCCUUUGGGGGUUGCUCUGCUGCCCUCAAGAAUAAAAGCCUCUAUGAUCCAGAGUUGCUAUGCACCAAAUUUUGAUGCCUUUUAAAUACCUUGAUGCCUGUAGCACUAGAAAUGCUUUCCUAUUUAAAAUAAAAAUUAAAUUUUAAAAUAGAGCAUUGUAUACUAUGUAAGCAGUUUUGUAUCAGCUUUGUAAAAGUCAAUUAUUUUUUGGCUUUGUAGAUAAAGACAAACUUUUGUGCAACAUAGUGGUGUUAAAGCACACAUUCAUUGGACUAUGCAAAUUGAUUUCUAGUAGCAGCACUGAGCAACUGGGCAUGUGCUCAUACCUCCCCCUUUGGCCUCCAACCUCUACUAGAUCUUGGGUUGAGGAAUGGGAUGAACAGCCUUCUGCUUACUGGAGAUGCAGAGAAACAUGGCUGAAAACAGCUUUAAAAGUAACAGAUGUCUUCAGGUUCGUGUGUGGUGCUGUUGCCUGGGGUGCAGCCCACCCUCGCCCAGGGCUAGGCACUAUCACCAGAGCUCUACUGUGUCUGGCUGUGAAGCUCUGUUUUUGAUACUCAGAACAGAUGAUCAUCUUUAAGGCUCAGAAGGGCUCAAGUUGAAACCUUGUAUUUUAUAAAAUGGAUGAUGUUCAGUUAAGGAACUGGUUCUCAGUUAUGUUUACAGCACUUGGGAUUGUGUUUUCUUGUACAUUUUGUAUUUUAAAACCUUUUAGAGGAGUACAGUACUCCUUACACAAAUACAAAGGGAAGAGCCAGCAAUUCAGGUUCCUCAGUUACAGUGCUGAAAUAAAUGGUGACAAGUCAACAGUU